AUGCAAACUAUUGCAUUUUUUAAAGAUGAAGAUCUUAAAGAAACCUUUGAUAACUAAAAUUCUAUGUAAAUUGUUAUUCAACAAUUAGAAUACAAACACUCUAACAUGCAUAAUUGGAGGUUAGUAAAAUAAAUGAAAAAUCCUCAUAAAUGAGAAAAUAAGCUGAAAUGAAUUUUGAAAUGGCUCAGCAUACUAUAAUUCGAUUAGCUGCUGAUUUAAAGUCUAUCCAUAAAUCAAUAAAUAGAAUAAAAGAACUAAACCAUUUGAUAGAUGAAUUAAAAAAAGAAUAAUGAAAUUCAAUGAUGAAUGCGAGC